AAGCAACGCGAGGACAAAAAACAACGCGCGAAAAAAGAAAUUUACUCGUAAAUCCGUCAAUUUUGAAAAAAGCCGUAGGUUCGUGCAAAUGUACGUUAAGCUACGAAUAGCUGCCUCCUUCCGACUCCGAGCGCGCCUGGUUCGGUUCCUGGCUUCUGCAAAUGCGCUGUGCACACUGGACGGAGUCUGAUACUCCGAUCGGAUUCAAUUUUUCCAUAGCAACUGUCCAACAAAAAGCAGUUCAUUUCUCAACUUUUUUUUUUUUUUAAACGCACACAUUCUUCCUUGUUUUUUAUCCGUCUGCAAUUCAAGAACUAAAAUGCAUUAAAAGGGAUUCUACAAAGUUCUGGCAGUGAAAUUGCAUACGGAGAUCGGAGAGAAUGUUGCACGAGCUCUUAUUAGCACUAAUAGGAUAUACCGGAGAUCUCAUAGUCGACGAAAGGGAGCAGCAGAAAAUUUUAUUUCCCGAUGCCCCAGUAUCGGAGGAAUGCACCUUCAAGCUAGCUCCCGACAUUUCCUUCUUACAAGCCUCCGAAAGGGCCGUUAUCGAGAGUCUUAUUUCCUUAGGAUUUUAUUAUAGAGAGCUUGAUCGCUUUGCAUCAAAGUCUCGUAAUUUAAGCUGGAUACGGUCCACAAAUGAUGCUCCUUUAUCACGAACUUCUGUUCUAUUGAAGGGCAAAACAAAAAAGCCAAGCAUAUACCGUAGGGCCAUAGCAAAUGGCAUUGUUGAAAUAUUAUCAGUUUACAGGUCUGCUGUUCUACAGGUUGAGCAGAUAUUGCUAUCAGAUCCUAUGCCCAUAUUGGCGACAGUGACUCGAGGACUCAAUAAGUUUUUUGUGCUUCUGCCUCCACUUUAUGAGCUCAUUGUGGAGAUAGAGCGUGAUGAUGUUCGGGGUGGGCAGCUUCUCAACCUUUUGCACAAAAGAUGCCACUGCGGAGUUCCUGAAUUGCAGGCAUGCAUUCAAAGGCUCCUUUGGCAUGGACACCAAGUCAUGUAUCAGCAACUUUCAUCAUGGAUGGUUUAUGGAAUUCUUCAAGAUCAGCAUGGAGAGUUUUUCAUUAGAAGGCAGGAAGAUAGGGAUGUAGAUAAUAGGUCAUCUUGUCCUGAUGUGUCUGAGAAAUUGGUGCAAAAAUCACAUGAUGAUGCAUCUUUAACUGAUUGGCACUUGGGCUUCCAUAUUUUUCUGGACAUGUUACCAGAGUACAUCCGUAUGCCUGUUGCAGAAUCAAUUCUUUUUUCUGGAAAAGCAAUCAGGGUCCUACGAAAUCCAAGUCCUACUUUUAGAUAUCAAGAUGCCGUUAAUCAUCAACCAAUACCCAAAGGGUCACUUAGAGUUCAAGGAUUUAUGGGGCGCUUUGCUUUCCAGAAAGAGUCUUUUGCAGAUUUGAAAUUGAUAGGAGAGGAAUUACUUCCACAGUCCGAGGCUGAUAAAAUUGAUGCUAUGCUUCAAGAGCUAAAGGAUACUGCUGAAUUCCACAAGAGGUCAUUUGAACAUGCAGUUGACUCCAUCCGUACGAUUGCAGCCAGUCAUCUUUGGCAGCUUGUGGUUGUUCGUGCCGACUUGAAUGGCCACCUGAAAGCUCUUAAAGAUUAUUUUCUUUUAGCUAAGGGAGAUUUUUUCCAGUGUUUUCUUGAGGAAAGUCGCCAAUUGAUGCGUCUACCACCUCGUCAGUCAACUGCUGAAGCUGAUCUUAUGAUCCCAUUUCAGUUGGCAGCCAUAAAGACCAUAGGCGAUGAGGACAAAUAUUUUUCAAGAGUGUCCUUAAGGAUACCAUCAUUUGGAAUCACAGUUACACCCUCCCAAGUGGAUUUAUCAAAGAUGAAAUCUAAUCCUGAUGGAAGCUCUGGUGUUAUUUCAAAAGGAAAUUCUUCCUCUGAGUUGACUCUUGAUGGUUGGGAUGGUAUUGCCCUUGAAUAUUCUGUUGAUUGGCCGUUACAAUUGUUCUUCACACAAGAGGUGCUUUCUAAGUAUCAAAGGGUUUUCCAAUAUUUGCUUAGAUUGAAACGUACACAAAUGGAACUGGAAAAGUCGUGGGCUUCUGUGAUGCAUCAAGAUCACACAGAUUUUGUAAAACGUCAAAAUGAUCGAAUGAAUUGCUCCAUAACUCAGCAGCGUCGGCAACGGUUUAGACCAAUGUGGCAUGUUAGAGAGCAUAUGGCCUUCUUGAUUAGAAACCUCCAGUUUUAUAUCCAGGUGGAUGUGAUAGAAUCUCAAUGGAACCUUUUACAAGAACGUGUGCAUGAUUCUCAUGAUUUCACUGAACUUGUGGGCUUUCAUCAAGAAUACUUGUCUGCUUUGAUUUCGCAGUCAUUCUUGGACAUUGGAUCUGUGUCAAGGAUAUUGGACAGUAUAAUGAAACUCUGCCUGCAAUUCUGCUGGAAUAUUGAAAACCAUGACAGCAAUGCAAAUACAUUAGAACUGGAACAGAUAACUGAGGAAUUCAACAAAAAAUCAAAUUCCUUGUAUACUAUAUUAAGAAGCAGCAGACUUGCUGGAAGUCAACGUGCCCCAUUUCUGAGGCGGUUCCUCUUGCGCCUAAACUUCAAUUCCUUCUUUGAGGCAACUGCAAGAGGAGUGCUCAAUGUUGUUAGAUAGUGACAAAUCCUUCCGCUUUCAUCAAUAGCAUACCCGGCAGUCCGGCACCUCUUACAACUACCCACAGAUUGUGCCAAUAGUUUGGUGCAAAAUGAAGCAAAGGUUGUAUUUAAGUUGUGUCUGACGUUAAACCAAUAUUCUUGAUUUUUCCUGAUACUGCUCUGGUUGUGCCUUGCAGUCUUGUGGUGUUCAUAGGUUGAGAUUCGAUUUUGUCUUUAUUCCGUUGCUGUAAAAAGAUGCUACUUAUCUAAUGAGAUUAUUCUUGCUAACAAAGAAGAGAGGACGAAAAGAGAAAAUUACUAUCCUUGUUCUGAUUUUUCUAGUUUUAGUUGAGAACGAGAACACUGGACAUCUCAGCACCUGAAUACACUCAGGUUCCUUUUUUUUUUUUUUGAGAAGAUGAAUACACUCCUCAAUCCAUUACAUCUGUUUUUC